CGAGGUAGCUAGCUCACCGGAGGAAAAAAAAUAGAAAAAAAGUGUAAGACAAGAGGGGGAAACUUGGCUGAUUUGCUGGAGUUUUGACUGACUUGGACCCCAAAUUAAGUUUGUUUCGGUCUAUUGGAGCUCCGCGGAUUAAGUCGAAGUCGACGGUACCGGUAAACGCCACCUCUCCAUGCAGUCGCUGGUGUUUUUUGUAGAAAUGCAUGUCUGUGCUGCCGCCACCCGUCCCCAUAGCCGGAAGUCUCCAGGAGAGCAGCACAGACACAUUACUAGCUGUUCCGUAGCCAACAACACGUCGGGCCUAAAUUACCCCAGCAUUCAUUUUACAGGGACCGAAAUGGAGUCAUGUUUUCGCGAUUUGGCUUAAUAUCAACACAAGAUACGUAGAAUAUGCUUGAUAUCGUUUGAUUAUUGUUUAUAGCUUCCCUGUAAAUUAAUUUUGUCUUAUUGGGUCUAGAUGUUUUGGUAUCUCUGAGUCUAUAUGUGAAUCCCACUUUGAUUUACAUCAGCGGCUAUAAUAUGAAGCAUUUAAAUCUGAUGUUUGACAUCAAAUACAAAACAAAUAAUAUUAUUAAUUCCAGAUUUACAUUGUAUUUUACCUACAAUAUUCCAGUUUACAACAGGCAGUGUUUUCCAUUGUUAUGCUUAUAUAUAAAUAUAUAUUUUUUACUGUGGGCUUAUAUUUUUAAUACUUUAUCAGAUCGUUAUUUAAGAAGAAAUCUUGUGUGAUUUAGGAGGGACAUAUGUGUGCAACACAAGUAGAUGAGAAAACAAAGCAAAUCUCCCAGUUUUUAUUCACUAAAUUACAUUCAAACAGUAAUUUAUAAGUUUUUUUUAUUUUAAGACCUAUCAGCAUGUCUCACCUAUUAUAGAAUUUUAUUUUUUUACCUUAAGAUACAAAAAAAGAAUGCUGCUUUACAAGAAUUGAAAACUAUAAAUUUAUUGUCUGUUACUGAGAUUUGAAAAUGUCUCCUCAGAGCUGCAGUAGUCAAAGUGGAUGUAUAUUGGGAAGAAUUUUAUAUUAGCCAAUAAUGCAAUUAUUUGCACUAAUGUGCUGAUUUUAUUGUUUAUUUUUUUGUUAAAAUAUAUUAUCGACCCUGGUUUAAGGUUGUUUUCCUAUUUAUUAUUCCUAAUUCAGCCAUAGCAGCAGGAUAAAGCCAUAAAAGGCAAAAUAAAUGUACUUUUAUUAUUUCACCUUUUUUAAAAAUUAAUCCAACUCUGGUAUUGGGUGCUCUAAAAAACAGCUAAACUCAUAAGAUAUGCUUAACCAAAGAGUUAAAGAAAACAGCUCAAAAUUAAGUAGUAUAUGAAUGUAAAAUAAUAUUGCCAUAAAAUAAACAUUGAUUGAAAUUAGGUUGAAUUUAACAAGCAAAUAAUUUACUGAAAUGGCUGUAGAAGGAAAAAAAACUGUUUUCAUUUGCAUGUAAGAGAGAAAGCAUGACAUAGUCAAACCGACACACCCUAAUUUAAAAAAUUAUACAUUACAAUCUGUGCAAAUCAUCUAGAGAGGUUUUAAGAUGAUAGAUGAAGCCCAAAGAUAAAGACUAGAACCUUAGGUUCUGAGUUAGAGGAGUGAUGAAGAGAGCAAUGGAGGGAACCCUGACGACUCUGGAGGGUUUAAAUAAGUUUAGUUCUUGGAGAACAUGGUUUACCACACAGCCCUUUUCAACUCUAACCCAUCUCAAUUCCCUUUACCAACAUAUAAUCUUAAUCCAUCUUCCUUAAAUUGUAAAGACAGUGAAUGUUUGACCUUCUAGAUCAUUUCAAGUUCAGCUGCAUUGUGCUUUAAUCUGAUUGGGCACCAGGACUGGAAGGUUUAUACUUUGAUGUCUUUUGUGUCUUUUUCAGAAAUGAUGGAAGACUCUCAUUUUAAUUCGUCCUAUUUCUGGUCUCCCGUCCCCACUGUGCAAGGCCAGAUCGAGAAUGCCAUGUUCCUCAACAAGAUGAAGGAGCAACAGGAGAAGAAUACGCCGUUCUCUCCUCCUUCUUCCCACUACCAGACAGCUCUCCUCACCAUCCCCACUCCUGGGCCCAAGACAGAUGGAGGGGGCCAGGUUGGCAAUGCAGGACACCUCAACCCUCCCCACAGCACCCAGAACAUCACAGUGCUGCCGGUUCCCUCCACAGGCAUCAUGACAGCAGCUGGUCUGGUCAUCACAACGCCUCAGGGAACGCUGGUCUCUCCCACGUCCUCCCAGUCGUUUGUCUCUGGUCACCCAGCAGCAACCAUGAUAGUUUCAGCCCUUCAUUCACCAGACAAAAAAGAAGGCGAGGGGGCGUCCCAUGUGGUUGUGAUGCCAGCCCCCUCCAAAAGGGGAAGAAAGAAGAAGACAACAGUCCCUCGCGUACCGGGAAAUGACACGCUAAUAUUGGCACACCUGACGUCUGGUGGCCAGGUUACAUCUCUGCAGCAUCACACUGGGGACCCGUAUGAACUUUCUAAUGAAGAGGAGGAACAUGGGCCCAAAGAUGGCACUAAGACAUACAGGUGCCGGAUGUGUGCGGCGACCUUCUUCAAUAAGUCUGACAUGCAGAUCCACUCCAAGUCGCACACAGAGGCCAAACCUCACAAGUGUCCUCACUGCGCCAAGUCAUUCGCCAACUCCAGCUACCUGGCCCAGCACAUCCGCAUCCAUAGCGGGGCCAAGCCCUACACCUGCUCCUACUGCCAGAAAUCUUUCAGGCAGCUCAGUCACUUACAGCAGCACACACGGAACCACACAGAGUCAAAGCCUCACAAGUGUCCCCACUGCACUAAGUCAUUUGCAAACUCUAGCUACCUGGCGCAGCAUAUCCGGAUCCACACUGGAGUCAAACCCUACACCUGUUCGUACUGCCAAAAGUCCUUCAGACAGCUCAGUCAUCUUCAGCAGCACAGCAGAAUUCACACUGGAGAUAGACCAUACAAAUGCACCCACCCAGGCUGUGAAAAAUCCUUCACCCAGCUCUCCAAUUUACAGUCCCACCGGCGCCAACACAACAAAGACAAGCCCUACAAGUGCAUGCACUGCAAUAAGGGUUACGUAGAUGCGGGAAGCCUGGAAGCACACAUGACCACACACACUGUCAAACACGCCAGGAUCUACUCAUGUGGUCUCUGCCACCGCUCGUAUACCUCAGAGACGUAUCUGGUGAAACACAUGGAGAAACACAUGGAAAAACACAACCCCGACCAGUUGACCGCACCAGUAGCCGUGGCACAACAGUCGGCUCAACAGAACCAAAGGCAAAGCCAUGGCCAGACAGGAACUCAGAGCCAGGUAGAGAGUGCAGAUGGAGGACCCAGACAACCAGGAGGAGCUGUGAGCAGAGCAGCAGGGGAAGGCCAGCAGGCCCAGAACCAAAGUGGCUACGCCCAGACAGAACUCACCUGUCCAUUUGACCUGAAUCAGUAUAAGACGGUGUCUGCCAGUGACAUCCAGUACAAACCAGUCAGUGUGGCGGACAUCACUUCCCACAAAGACCUCUGUCUCACUGUGUCAGCAUCCACCAUUCAAGUGGAGCAUCUCAACUCUUAAAACCUUUCUAGAAAUAGGAGUUUUUUUAAGAACAAUAGAGGCUGGAAAGUUGAAAAGUUAAAGCAAUACUAAUACUGAAACUUUACAACUGUUGCCUGGCCGAAUGAUGUAAGGCAGACUGGACAAAUCAUGCUGUUAUAUUAUGCUGAAACCCGUAAGUUUUUCCUUUUGCUAUGUUGGAUUUGUUAUUCUCACUUAGCUAUCCUGUCUAAACGCAAACUGCAUGUUAAGGCUGUAAUAAAGUAUAUUUCAGUCCAUCACAGUGAUGGUUUUAACCCAGGAAAGUGUCUGAAAGACACCGCUUCUUUGACAUUUUUACUGCCCUUUUAUUUUUCAGUACUAUAAACCUUUUCACUGUAGCUUUUCAUAUUUUUGCUCAUGAAAUUCAAAACUGUUGAGGAAAUUCUUAUGGUUUCUGAUAGAGAUUAAGUUUUUACAUCAGUGUUAAUACCACUGCGAUACUCAUGCUUCUAAUGUUUUUAACCUUAAAAGGGAUAUUGAUUUGAUUUCCUUUUCAGGGAACAAAGCAAAAGUCGAAUAUCAAAUAAUAAAAAUUUAGUUUUUAUAGUACUUGUGUACAAGAUUUUGGAAACCAACUGGGUGAAUUUUGGUUUGUUUGUGAACUUUCACAUGAUUACUCCAAGAGAGUAAAGACCAACGUCAUGUUCAUGUCCAUUGUACUGCUGUCUGUGUAUUUCCAAAAUUGUUUUCCAAAUGUGCUCUUGUUCUUAUGCUUCCAUAGUAACAAUGUUUAAUACUUUACAGACAUAUUUACACAUGCAUUUUUUUUCUGGCUAUAUUACAUUAAACAUUUACAUUUUUAAGCUUGUCUGUAAAUUGGAAAAAAAGAAACUCGCUUCUUUGAAAGUUACAAAUGAGAAUAUAAUUAAGCUUAGUG